ACAACAAUAAAUACACACAACAAAGCAACCGUACCGAAACCACACAAUUUUACAAUAUGCAAAAACGAGAAUGAAAUAAACUAGCCUUCAAACAUAAAAUUAACGUUAAUUAUUUUGUGUGAGUGUUGAAUUACAAUCGUAAUUUCAAUAAAUUCAAUAGUAUUCAAAUGAUAUACCCUUUUUACAUCUAUAAAAAUCAUUGAAUUUGCCUUAUACAGUUGAACCAUACCAAAAAAGACAACUAGUUGAGCAUAGUAAAGUAAAUGCGUUGUGAUUUGUUGAUAUACAAAAAAAAAAUCGUUUUCAUAUUUGCUACAAUAGUCAAAAUGAGCACAACGGAAGAGAGUAGAACAGAAAAAAUUCAAAACGGAUUUCAAAUCAACUGGAUGAUUCUACGCGACGCUGAUACGGGCUCUGUAAUUUGGCAAGAGAAUAAAGAUUUGGCUUCAUCAGGAAAGGAGCACAAUGCACGAAUACCAACAAAAAUCCUUGAUUUACGCGCUGUUUCACGUGAAAUAAACUUUAGUACCGUUGAAUCUAUCGAAAAUUUUCGUCUCGAUCAAAAGAUUUUGUUCAAAGGACGUAUAAUGGAAGAAUGGCAAUUCGAAAUGGGUUGGGUAAGUUCGAAGCAAUACGUGAUUUGGGUAAGUCAGAAUACAACAAACACAUGGCAAUCAACAAUCGAAGCAGCGCCAGAAUCUCAAAUGAUGCCAGCCAAAGUACUGAAUGGGAAUGUCACAAUUGAUACAACUUUCUAUGAUGGCGAUGCAUUGAUAACAAAAUCAGUAGUUCGACUGUACUACGUUUAAAUUUAUGUUUACAAAAUAAUAAUCAUCAACAUUAAUUUACUUAUAUUUCGUCAGAAAAGUCGAAAAAGAAAUACAUUUCAAUUCUCAUGAAAGAGUAAACA